UCUGCCAGCAGCUGGAUCCAUAUCUGAUGGGAGCCCCAGGACUCAGGUGGAUCCAGUGACAGACAUGGCCAUGGCCCUGAGGGGACCCUACCCUUUGCUCUUCCUGACACUUGUCCUGCUGGUAACCUGCCUGGCCCAGAUCAUCAGACCACCUGACAGCUACCAAAACUUUGUGAGCGAACACGUUGAUUUCCCCAAGACCAGAUCCCCCAAUGGCCAGAGCUACUGCGACCACAUCAUGCGGCUCCUGAGCCAGAACAUGGCUGCCUGCAAACUCACCCACACCUUCAUCCACGCCUCCGCCAACCGGCUCCGGGCCAUCUGCACCAGCAGAGGGAGAUGCAACCAAUACAAUGAAUGUAACAGCAACACAGCCUACCCCCUCACCACCUGCUGGCUGGACAGCCCUCCCCGCCCACCGAGCUGUGUCUACAGGGGAAUACCCCAGAUCCGCAGGAUCCGUGUGGUCUGUAACUGGGGGUUGCCUGUGCGCUUCCUCAGAGUCCUGUAGAGCCCAGGUGCUGGCCAUGGGCUGGGAGGUGGGGGUCCCCUGCUCCCCCUUUUGCUUCUGUUGUUGGGGGCUCUCCUGCCCCAACCCUGACCUUCCUCGACAGUGCCUGCCAUGCAACUCCACAGGGACAUUCAGCGUCUCCUCUUAUCCCAUGGGUUGGCAGCUUGGGGCCUUCAGGUGUGGGGGGGUUCCCACUCUGGGUGCCUGGUUCCCAUCCACAUGAUUGAAAAUCCAGGCCCCCAGCUCCCCUGACUGGCACUGAGACCCUCAGCCUGGGCCCAGCGCCCGCCUCGCUGGGUGCCCGUUACACAAUACAGCCGCCUCCUCCCACCCUGCAUCCAUUGGGUAUCGGGGGCAUGUUGUGGGGAGAAAAUUGUCCCAGGCGGGGACCUGGAAGCUGUCACUGAGCUUUGUUUCAUCGCUGCUUCUUGCAAUAAAACACUUUCCUGAU